AUGGGUUUAUUUUUAAUCUUGGGAUGGGCUCUAUUUAUUGUCUCCGCAGCCGGAGUGCAGGGGCCACCAGCUGAAAGAUUCCUCUUGGAACGAGACUGUGGGCUGCACAGUUUGGUCUGAGACAUGUCUCCCAAGAAAGCCAAGAAGCGGUCCGAAGGCGCCAACUCCAAUGUCUUUUCCAUGUUUGAGCAGGCUCAGAUCCAGGAGUUCAAGGAGGCCUUCACCAUCAUGGAUCAGAACCGCGAUGGGUUCAUCGACAAAGCAGACCUGAGAGAUACGUUUGCCGCAUUAGGACGCUUGAAUGUGAAGAAUGAAGAACUGGAUGACAUGGUCAAGGAAGCUCCUGGGCCUAUUAAUUUCACAGUGUUCCUGACCAUGUUUGGAGAAAAACUUAAAGGUGCGGAUCCAGAAGAGACUAUUCUGAACGCUUUCAAAGUGUUCGAUCCGGACGGCAAAGGCCUGAAGGCGAACUACAUUAAGGAGAUGCUGAUGACGCAAGGAGAACGGUUUUCGAAGGAGGAGAUAGACCAAAUGUUCGCAGCUUUCCCUCCCGACGUGACCGGCAACCUGGACUAUAAGAACCUCGUCCAUAUCAUCACUCACGGAGAGGAAAAAGAUUGAAGGCUGGGAGAGUACCCUUCCUACAGUGCCUGGAACAGCACACAAUGGGGCUUCCUUCUCCUCACAGCUCCGGUUGUUCCUCCCUGUGCAAACUGGGAUGUUCACAGGCUUCCUGAUAGUUCUCGUCUUCUUGGUGUUCCCAGUCCCUUGUCCGUCCUCUUUGUGUGAAAGAAUUCAUUCGUGACUUGAGAAACAUUUC